AUGCUCUCCCCAACCCCCUCUCAUGAGCCCUCUAUAUAACCAGACUGAGAGGAGCCUCUAGCUUCACACUGCUGGACCUGGUCUCCAGGAGCAAACAGCCAGACUCCACUCCAGUCGGAGGAAAGCUGGCCAGCUUUGGAAUCUCUAUUGGAACGAUGACCAUGAGUCUGGGCCCCUUGUUGUUGGUCUUUGUGCUGGGUCUCGUUGUGACCCCAUCAACUGUGGCUCAAAAUGACGCCAGGUAUAUCAAAUUCCUGACUCAGCACUAUGAUGCCAAUCCAAAGGGCCGGGACGACAGAUACUGUGGUAGUAUGAUGAGAAAACGAGACCUCACCUCUCCCUGCAAAGAUCGCAACACCUUUAUUCAUGGCAACAAGGACAACAUCAAGGCCGUCUGUGGAGAAAACGGAAACCCUUACGAAAAUAACUUAAGAAUAAGCAUCUCUAAAUUCCAGGUCACCACUUGCAGUCAUAGAGGAGAGUCUCCCCGGCCUCCGUGCCGGUACCGAGCCUUCAGAGAUUUCAGACGCAUUGUUAUUGCUUGUGAAAACGGCUUGCCUGUCCACUUGGACGAGUCUAUUAUUAGUCCAAGGUAGGCAGGCCCCUCACCCAGAAAUGGCUCUGCUUCCUUUUCAUCCCCUCUUAACCCAGAACAAUGAUGGCAACUUUCACUGUCAAUGGCCAGAAAAUGAAGUAUCUGAAACUUAGGUCUCAGAUUUAUGAUGCACAUAAAUAAAGAUGUCUCUAAAGCCAUUAA